AUGGUCCGAUAUGCUACCUUCAAGUUGACAGCUGAAGCAGAACGUUGGUGGACAUCAAAGAAGGACCACCUACAACAACAGGUAGGCGAAGGCGUACCAAUCACUUGGAAGGACUUCAAAGAUGCAUUUAUGGAGCGCUUCUUUCCUCAGUCAGUUCGACUGGCUGAGGCACAAGAAUUUACAGACCUGGUGCAAGGAUCGUCUACAGUGGAACAAUAUGCAGCAAGGUUCAUAGAACUACGGUUCGCCCCAUACCUGGUGCCUACGGAAGAUUUGAAGGAAGAGAGUGCUCCACAAGGGAGUCGGUAUGGUGGAAAUUCCCAUGAUCACAACAAAAGAAGAUUCAACCCAACGGUUGGAAGGAACACAGCCCAUCAGCAGCCCCAUCAUCAGGGAGGAGGUGGACAACGCCCUAUGUGCCAGACUUGUGGGAAAAUACAUUCUGGGAGAUCCCGGCUUGGACAAUCGGGUUGUUAUCGGUGUGGUGGACCAGGACACUUGGCGAAGGAUUGCAGGGCCCCUACCAACAACCCAACCAAUCAGAAUCGCCCAGGGGAACAACGGAAUACAACGCCUGCACAUGUGUAUGACUUGACUCCAGGUGAUGCAGCAACGUCAAACAAAGUAGUGAUAGGUACACUUUUAAUUUCACCCCGCCAAGCUAUUGUGCUUUUUGACUCUGGUGCAACACAUUCAUUUGUGUCACACUCUUUUUCCCGAGACUGUAACUUGAUGUCUGAAUGGUUGGAUGUAGACCUAGCAGUAAACACCCCUGUAGGGAAAACUGCAAUAUGUACUUCCGUAGUUAGAAAAUGCUCUAUUUCCGUACAAGGUCAUGUCAUGCCAGCUAAUCUUGUUACAUUUAAGAUGAGCAGGUUUAACGUGAUCCUAGGUAUGGAUUGGUUAUCCAUGUACCAUGCUUGCGUCGAUUGUUUCUGCAAGGAAGUAGUGUUCAAACCACCAGGAGCAGCAAAAUUCAAAAUUCAGGGGAAGAGGGGAUUCAACUUACCCAAGCUAGUAUCGGCAAUGCAAGCGACUCAGCUUUUGAAACAAGGGUGUUCGGGAUUCUUGGCGUGUGUGACAAAAGAAGCACCAGAAGCAAAGCUCGAGGAGAUACCUAUCGUGCGGGAUUUUGUGGAUGUGUUUCCGGAGGAACUACCUGGAUUACCUCCAGACAGAGAGAUCGAGUUACUAUAG